AUGGCACCCCAAAGAUUCGCCAGUGUCAAGCUCAAGAACCGCCCGACCGUGCGAGUCGCCGCCGCUUUUCGUGACGACGCAAGCCUAGUCGCGCUCCGAUAUGAACAGACGGUCCAGGCCGAACCUCCAAUUCAUAUAAUCCCCAUCCCACCUCGCAACCCGGCCCGCGCCAGUCGCCCUCCCUCAGGUUUCUCGCCAACCAACUCUGUUGCAUCGCCAAUAGUCGUGGUCCCGCCGUCUGCUCCUCCCCGAGAGCAGCAUCCUGCUCUGCGCAUUCGCUCAGACGUCUACACAGUUGAUGAGGAAAACAAACGCGACUCUGGCCUGGCAUCGACCCCGUCGACCGUGACAACCCGCGAGGAAUCUCUGGAGGAUUUAUCCUUCGACAAAGCCAGUGGAUCCGACCAGGACCGAUCAUCGUACACAAGCGACCGGAGCAGCUUCACCACUACCACCACAUCCACUUCACAGCCACAGUCCCAGGCACUGUCGCGUGCUCAAUCUCCCGAGGCCGGAGAAAUCACGCUCGAGUCUGUCUGGGAGGAUCCAAGACCCGCGCCGCCGCAUCCCGUCGCUGCGCGGGAUGCAAAUGCCAAUCCGGCCAAGUCGAGCUCCCGCCGUUCUGGAAAGACUAACCGCCUGAGGAAGAAGAGCAUGGCCGAAAAGGGAACUGCGACGCCGGCUCCGCCAACCGUUGCGGCCAAUGCGACAUCAGGGAACCCACAAGUGCCGGGAGCCAGCACCCCCAGCCCCGCCAGCACCCCCGUUGACAAGGAUUUCACUCCUAUCAAUACGAGCAUCCCAACCGACAAAUUGCUCGAGGAUGAUUUCCUCACGAAACUGUCCUUCUCUAAAAGAGGCAGUGUCAUGUUCGGCGGGAAGCGCGCAUUCCUCGCACCUUCACUCAUGGAUCGAUCCUCUGAACGGGCCCCUGGCGCAACGGCGGCAACGCGCCAAAACUCUGCCGCCGCGACGGGCGAUGCGACAAACGACCCCAAGGACCUCCCCAAGGCGCUGUCGAUACCAAACAUCCGGGUCCUGUCGGUAGAAGUAGAGAGGGAAUCACAAAAGGUGAGAUCGCUCUAUGAAUCUGGCGAGGCUCUCAAUUGGGAAGACGGGGGCCAGUCCUCGUCGCUCGGCGAGCGCCUGGAGCCCACCGCCGAGCUCCCAUCUCAAGGAGACGAGAAAGUCGCUUCUCCUUCUUCUCAAGACGACAAUGCAACCCUCCUACGACCGUCAAGUACGCACCGGUCUUCUUCGCCGCAACGAGAUAGGUCGCCAGAGAAGGCAUUCGAGCGCGCUGGUGGCAUUGAGGACUGGCAAGAUGUGAAUGAUGGCGAUGUCGAUCGUUAUGGAUUCAUUAGUCCAAAGAGGCCCGUGUCGCGGGCUACGACCUCAGAUACGCGCUCGGAGAGGCUGGCUCCAAGGAGGAGGAAUGUCCUGGUUAAGAGACCUGACUCUGCUGUCUACUCGUCGUCGCCGCUGGCGGUUCCUCGUGGACCAAGCAGGAAGGUCUCUGCACGCUCGCUACACACACAGAAUUCCGAAUUCUCUACUGCGUCGAGACGGUCGGCGCGGUCCUCUCUGCGCACAGCGACUAACUUGCUGCCGCACAACAAGGACAGAAAAGUGCUGGAUGAAGCCGGCGAUAUGCUGACGCUGACGCCCGGGCUGUCAGACAUUGCGGAGGACGAGCAGGGUGAUAAGAUCUCUGAGGCUCUCAAGAGGAAGGAAUGGGAACGAUCUGAAAAGUGGCGCAAGAUGGCCAAGGUUGUCAAGAAGGGCGAGGACGGCGAAGGCAUGGACUUCGAGUUUGACGUCAAGAAUCAAAAGUUGAUUGAUCGCACUUGGAAGGGCAUACCCGAUCGGUGGAGAGCGGCUGCUUGGUACUCAUUCCUGGCGACCAGCGCGAAGCGGCAGGGCGCAAAGACAACGGAUCAGGACAUCAUUGCGGCCUUCAAGCACUUGCAGGAGAUCAGCUCGCCAGAUGACGUCCAGAUCGACCUCGACGUGCCGAGGACGAUCAACAGGCACAUCAUGUUUCGGAGGAGGUACCGGGGUGGACAGCGGCUCCUCUUUCGAGUCCUCCAUGCCAUCUCUCUGUACUAUCCCGACAUCGGGUACGUGCAGGGCAUGGCUUCUCUAGCUGCCACCCUCCUGUGUUAUUACGAUGAGGAAAGAUGCUUUGUAAUGCUGGUGCGUAUGUGGGACUUGCGCGGACUCGAGAACCUCUACCAACCUGGCUUCGACGGCCUGAUGACGGCCCUCAAAGACCUCGAGAAGCACUGGCUGGGAAACAGAGACGUGGCGCGCAAACUAAACGAGCUUUGUAUCGAUCCGACGGCGUACGGAACGCGGUGGUAUCUGACCUUGUUCAACCUCUCCGUCCCGUUCCCGGCGCAGUUGCGCAUCUGGGACGUGUUCAUGCUCCUGGGAGAUGCACCUCUUCCUGACAAGGCCGACGCAAAGGCAAAAGCCAAGGCAGAAGCCAAGGCAAAAGACAAGGACAAGGACAAAGAGCAGCCUCAGGAGGCAGCCGCGCUCUUCAGCCUUGACAUCCUCCAUGCCGCCAGCUCUGCACUCAUCCAAGCGUUGAGGGAAGUGCUGCUCGAUUCUGAUUUUGAGAAUGCCAUGAAGGCACUGACCUCGUGGGUCCCAAUCAAAGACGAGGAUCUGCUCAUGAAGGUGAUACGUACAGAGUGGAAACAGCACAAGGGGAAGAAGAAGGGUUAA